CAGCCCAGCCCAGCCCAGACGGCCUCCUUUGUGGCCCAUACUUCAACCUAAGUCCUGCCCUUUGGUCUAUGGUCUCAGCAAGGAGCCCUAAGGGAGCUACUAACAGGUCUUCAGGGGAGUCCCAGGAACUACUUCCGGGAAAGAGGGUGGGCUCCAGCGGCUUCUGUGCACACUGCAUCAUGGUGAGGAAUGUAGAUGACCUGGACUUCCAUCUGCCUUCACACGCCCAAGACAUGCUGGAAGGCAUGCAGCGUCUGCGCUCCCUCCCCAAGUUGGCCGAUGUCACCCUGCUGGUCGGUGACCAGGAGCUGCCCUGUCACCGUAGCCUUCUGGCGCUCAAUAGCCCCUACUUCCAUGCCAUGUUCGCCGGAGACUUCGCUGAGAGCUUUUCGGCACGCGUGGAGCUGCGAGACGUAGAACCCGCUGCAGUGGGGCAGCUGGUGGACUUCGUGUACACCGGCCAGUUGACCAUCACACAGACUAACGUGGAGGCGCUGACCCGAUCCGCCUCUCGCCUGCACUUCCCCACCGUUCAGAAGGUCUGCGGCCGAUACCUCCAGCAGCAGUUAGAUGCCACUAACUGCCUGGGCAUCUGCGAAUUUGGGGAACAGCAAGGCCUGUUGGGUGUGGCCGCUAAAGCCUGGGCCUUCCUGCGGGAGAACUUUGAGGCGGUGGCCCAAGAGGAUGAGUUCUUGCAACUGCCAAGAGACCGUCUGGCUACCUGUCUGGCCAGUGACCUGCUGCAGGUACAACCGGAGCAGAGUCGGCUCGAGGCCCUGCUGCGCUGGGUGCGCCAUGACCCCCAGGACCGGGCUGCCCACCUGCCUGAGCUUCUCAGCUUGGUGCACUUGGAUGCCGUGCCUAGGCCCUGCGUGCAACAGUUGCUCGCCACAGAGCCACUGAUCCAGGAGUCAGAGGCGUGUCAGGAGGCCCUGUCCCAGGGCCACAGUGGGGAGCUUCCUAGCCUUCCCCAGAAGAUGCAGGAGGUGCUGGUGGUCGUAGGCGGACGGGCGCUGGAGGAGGACGAGGAGGGUGGUGAGGAACGCAGCCCCCACACUGGGAACUUUGCUUUCUACAACACUAAGGCCAGGCAGUGGAUGGCACUCCCGGACUUCCCCGAUUACCACAAAUGGGGCUUCUCCCUGGCAGCACUCAACAGUGAUGUCUACGUCACAGGUGGCUCACGGGGCACCAAAACAGAUACCUGGUCGACCACCCAAGCCUGGUGCUUCCCGCUGAAGGAAGCUAUCUGGAAGCCUGUGGCACCCAUGCUGAAGGCCCGCACGAACCAUGCCAGUACAGCGCUGAAUGGAGAGAUCUAUGCCAUUGGUGGCACCGCCCUGGAUGCAGUGGAGGUAGAGCGUUAUGAUCCCUACACGGACAGCUGGGCUCCUGUCAGCCCCGCCCCCAAGUAUGUCAGCAACUUCUCCGCGGCCGGCUGCCAGGGCCGCCUCUACCUGGUGGGCUCCAGUGCCUGCAAGUACAACAUGCUGGCUCUCCAGUGCUACAGCCCUGUGACAGAUGCAUGGAGUGUCAUCGCUUCCCCUUUCCUGCCCAAGUACCUGUCCUCUCCACGCUGUGCGGCUCUCAAUGGAGCCCUGUAUCUCAUCGGUGACAACACGAAGAAGGUCUAUGUGUAUGAUCCCGGGGCCAACCUGUGGCAGAAGGUGCAGUCUCAGCACAGCCUACACGAGAAUGGCGCAUUAGUGCCUCUGGGUGACCUGCUGUAUGUGACGGGUGGCCGCUGGCAAGGCAUGGACGGAGACUACCAUGUGGAGAUGGAGGCCUACGACACUGUGAGAGACGCCUGGGCCCGCCACGGCUCCCUACCCCGUCUCUGGCUCUACCAUGGGGCCUCCACCAUCUUUCUGGAUGUUUCCAAAUGGACGCAGCCCUUCAUCCCCACAGCCCCUCAGGAGCACUAGGGAGGGAGGAGUUCCUGGCUCUGCUCCUCAUUGUCCUGCAGAAUGCCACCCCUUCCCCAUUAUGCUUGUCCUCUGUCUACUGUGAGCUGCUGCCCCUCUCCCUCUGAGCUCAGUGUCAGAUGGCACAGUUCUGGGACUAGCAAGUUUGCCACCAGUUGUAAGAGCAGGACUCUGAUACUCAACUCACACGGUGGGGGAGAGAGCUCUGCCAUCCCCGAAGACCUCAGAGAAAGAAGCUGAGGGAUCCUGGAUUGCAUCCUUGGUGGCAGCUCUUCUUGCUCUACCUGCCUGUGGUUUUUUGUGAGGGAAGCUGUGCAAAUGGGAAGUUAAAAUGGAAUACCCCGAACACUGAGCCAGGGCCUCCAGCUUGGAGGCCCAGCCCAGAGCAUCCCACGGACGUGCUCUUGGGCCAUGUCUACAGCUUCCUCUCUCUCCUCUUUCCUCAGAUUCCACACUCACCCCAUGAAUGUAGCUGGAUGGAGGCUAGGCGCUCCCCAUCCCUAGCCUCUGUGUGCUGGGACUGUGUUUACAUAGCUGCUUCUGGGAUGAAGGUGGCCCUGCCCCACCACAGGUACCCCUGACACCAGGAAAGCAGCCCCCGAAGAAACACUAGGAAGGCAGGGGAGAUGCAGUACAGGGCAGGAGAGUGGGACUAUGGAGGAUCCUCUAGGAGAGUGGCUCUCAAGCUUCCUAAUGCUGUGACUAUUUAAUACAGUUCCUCAUGGUUUGCUGACCUCUGACCAUAAAAUCGUUUUGUUACUUCAAAAUUAUAAUUUUGCUACUGUUUUGACUGUAAGUAUCUCAUAUGCAAGGUAUCUGAUAAAUGAGUUAAUAUGUGACACGCAGGGUGUUUCACACCUGACCCCUCACCCUGGUCUGCAGGGAUUCCGGGGGUGGCCCUGGGAUGUGUCAGAAGCUUGCUUCCCAUGGUCUGCUGAGACGGGGUGGAGCUAACAUCUGAUGGACUCUCCUGCCAGUCAUGAUAUGAUUUGGCGUGACUCAGACCGUGGUCUCGUGAGGUCAUGCAUUUUUCAGUCUCCACAUUUUGGUGUGUCACUUUCCCUCCCUUUGUCCCUUCCCCCUCUUGCUCUCCUCCAGACAAGGCACUGGAUCUGUAAGCAGACAAACAAUAAAGGACUCUCACUGUGUGUGAGCAGCAUG